GUCGUGAGGAAACGUAUACUAUUGAUGGGUUUACGGGAUGGUUCGCGAGAAGAAAAGCCUAAUGCUGGCGUAAGGUCACCUUAAUCUAACAGCAAUAGUAGAAGUAACUGCCGACAGGUAAAGCCAAUAUUUCCGAGAAGAAAGUAAGACAAUCACCGUGUCGUAAUCCUGCCAGCGACAGAGGUUAGGCAGCAGAAAAGCGCGUUGCACAACGGAGAGUCCCGUAACCCAAAACAAAGAAAAACAAAAGAAUAGGAGAAAUUCGUCUCAGAGGGAAGGCGAAGGUUCAGCGCGCUGAAAUGUCGAACAAUCAGGAAAUCUUUGAUUUAGUCGUCGUGGGAAACGGGCUAAUGGGCUCCGCUGCCGCCAGACAUGCCUCCAUGAUCCCUGGCACCCGCGUCUGCAUCGUGGGUCCAAGGGAACCUGAGGACCGUGAGGCAUCGCGGGAUAUCUUCGGAUGCUGGUAUGACGAAGGUCGCGUCUAUCGCCGCAUCGCUUCCCAGCAUACCUGGUCCGUUUUAGCAACCGAGUCGGUUGCCAGGUACCGCCAGAUAGAAGAUCUCUCGGGAAUCAAGUUCUACCAUGAAGUUGGCUACCUUCACGCCACUCCAGAUCCAGCAGAGUUCCAUGAGCUGAUGGAAUGCUGUCGUCGCCAGGAUCUGAAAGCUCAGGAUGUGACUCACAACUGGAAAGACCUUUUCCCUUAUUUCAACCUUCCGGAGGAUUCGUUUGUCUUUUGGGAGAAGUCGAGUGCUGGACAUCUCAGCCCGCGAAACUUGGUUGCCGCGCAGCAGAAGGUAGCUACAAAAAAUGGCGCUGUGGUUCUAAAUGCCGUCGUUUCAACAAUUGUCCCUUCUUCAGGGGGAUCCCACAGAUGGGAAAUAGUGACAGACUGUAACCGAACCAUCCUUGGACAAAAUGUCCUUGUUGCUGUAGGAGGCUCUGCGUCCUUGCGCCCUCUCUUUCGCCAUGUAGCUAAGGGCCUGCAACCCCACCUGCAACUCAGAACCCAAACCGUGACUUUUCUCAGGAUUGGUGAAGCGGAAGCAGACAGGCUAAGAGACAUGCCCACAUUCUUCACAAACAACACCUUUGAAAACCUUGAUGGUGCUUAUGGACUGCCACCGAUCAAAUACCCUGAUGGCCACUGGUACCUGAAAAUUGGGCAUAACCGUCAGUACGAGAACAAAAUCAGUACGCAGAGUGAGAUCAGUGAAUGGUAUGCUCACACCAGGGGGCAUCCAGAGGGCGUGCCCAAACUGGGCGAAUUUCUCAAGAGCUUACUUCCAGGUCUGAAGGUAGAAGCCGUUUCAGGAGACGGUUGCAUAACCUCCCACACGCCGAACGAAGAGCCCUUUAUCGAUGUUAUUGCCGAGGGUUUCGGGGUGGCCCUCGGUGGCAAUCGAUGGGCAGCGAAGUCGAGCGACGAAAUCGGACGCCUGGCUGCCAGGCUCGUGGUCCUCGACGAAUGGCAGUCCGAGAUUCCCAGAGAGCGCGUUCGAGUCGUAUGGAGGGCUGAGCACAAGCUGUGAUAUAACGGAGACCGGAAAAAAUGAGCAAAUUAACAAUGAUUUCAGGAACGUAAGCAUACGUGCUUUCAUUCAUUUUUUUGUAAAUUUCUAUAUAACUACUUAAAUGUUUGUUUAUGAAAUAUAUUUAUCCUUAAGUCCCCCCAAACAGUGAAAGAAUAGUGAGCAAAAGUUAGGUUUGACGGUGCAUAUAAGUCAUGUUUGUAUCAAUUCGGUCUGUAUGUGGUUUCUUGGUGCAAUCCUUUAAAGGUUUACUGAGGUACUGUAAGAGCAGUUCUCACCUGAUUUAGAUCUUGUCCUUCAAAUUUUUUAUUAUUUACUCCUAAACACACACACACACAUACACACACACAGACACACACACACACACACAUAUAUAUAUAUAUAUAUAUAUAUAUAUAUAUAUAUAUAUAUAUAUUACUUUGUUCUCAUUUGGGGAAGGGGUAUUUGGCUUCCCAUCCAACCCUCUUUAGGGAUGAAGUUGCAGGCCAAACAAAUUUCCUUUUUACUCCAGCAGACGCUUGUACCCAUUUGCAGCUGGGCGGGCUGCUGAAAGACGAUAAGCCAGAGGCAAACCACGAACCUAGCAAAAGUGUAAAUUUGAGCCGAGAGCGGCAUCCAUGGCCCCAUUCCUGGUUCAAGGACAGUGGAGUCGUUUAUCAGUGAAAAUCGUUCAGAAAUUUGUAAUUGUGUAAGUAAGGAUUUAGUUCUGUAUCUAUUGAAUCAUUCAAAGUUGUCUAUAAGGCCAAGAAGCACUGGGGCACCUUCAGCUAUUCGGCACUUGAGGUGGAAAGGGAGAGUUAAAGUGGUUGGACAGCAGCAAGACUGAAGAAAGGAAGUGAGAACAGAAGUAAAUUAAAAGGUAGAAAAAAAAUAAAAUAAAAUAAAUGGCUGCAGCUUGGGACCGAAGUGAAGCUGCAAACAACCUUCAGUAAUUCCCUACGGUGCAUUGCAUGAGGUGCACUGUUGGUAGUACAACAGCCCAACGUUGUUUAAUUUUAUAUAUUCGUACACAUACACACGAAACACACUCACACAUGCAAAUAUUUAUGUCAACAGUUAGGUAAUACCUUCGCAAUGUCAUCAAGAAAGCAACGCAAAUAGUUCCCAGUCAAGAAAA